GCGCUCAGUAGCACGGAAGCAGCUGCCUGAGGGGGACGUCCAUCAGUUGCCCGCUAGCAGUGAACGCAAGCAGAGUCCUAGCAGACCUUGCUGUCGUGACCUUUUCCGUUAUUGUUGUUGUUGUUUUUUUUGAGUGACUCUUGUGUCCGGUAUGGGACACUGGUGAUGUGAGGAACGUUUUCCCCCGUUAAGGUUGGAUUCUGUGACUGAAAUACACUGACGUAUUUAUAAAGCGUAGAAAUCUGGGCCGUUAGCAGCGAAUAUGGCGCUCGAUACCAGACUAUACCGGUGGUCGAAUCCCGCGUCGUUUAGCGACCUGUGCUCCGAUGACUUCAACGAGAUCGUAGGAAGUGACCUGCGCCAGGGCGAGUACCUGGACGCCUACAGUGACGGCUGCGAGACGCCCACCUCCAGCCCGGCCAGUGUCGAGGUGCCCUCCAGUCCAGCCCAUGCCCACUACGCCCACAACGUCACGCCCACACCCGUAUACACCGACCUCUCCGCGCCCGCGCCGCUGCCCAACUACAACUCGGGCUACUACGAGGACGCGAGGAACUACUACGCGCCGGAGGCCCCUCGGGAGGCCUUCCCCCAGGCCAAGGGCGACUUCGCCGGCCCGUCGACGGCGCCCUCGACGCGGACAGCUUCACGCCCGUCAGCUACGAGAACUUCUGGCCCAGCGGCACGGGCGCCCCCCACCCCCCCGCGCCCCCCCUCCGGCCAGCCCCCGUUCCCGCCGUCGGCCGGACCGCACAAGCUGGAGACGGCGACGGAGACGCUGGUGCACAGCCAGGGCCUGUUCGAGCGCAAGCCGCUGCGCAUCCGCAGGCGGCAGCAGAAGAGCGUGAACGGCGAGGUGAAGCGCAAGCGGCGGAUCCAGGCCAACGCGCGCGAGCGGCGCCGCAUGAACGGCCUCAACAAUGCCUUCGAGCGCCUGCGGGAGGUGGUGCCCGCCCUCGGCAACGACAGGAAGCUCUCCAAGUUCGAGACGCUGCAGAUGGCGCAGACGUACAUCGUCGCCCUCUCCGAGCUCCUCAAGAGAGACACCUAGGCCGGUCGCAGCGGCUAUAGAUUCUAUUUAAUAUAUAUUUAUAUGUAUAUAUUUAUAUCUCUAAAAACCUGUGAAAGUUGCAAGUUUGUGAUUAUUUAGUCUGUCACAAUGCAAUGUUUUAAUGCAAUUAUUCUAGUUUGUUUUUAUCUUUCUCUCAUAUUAUUGUACGUCUUAGUAAAUACCAAAAAUCAUGGGAACUGGCAUUUAUAUAUAUAUUUUUUCUCUCUCUCUCUUUCUCUCGCUAUCAUUACGUUAUUGCCUCUUAUCACCGAGAAACUUUAUCUACAUCUUUACAAAUAAUUGUUUUUUUUCUUAUAUUUUCUAUUUUUUUUACCGUUUUCUUCUCUCGUUUUCUCUCUCGUCCUUUCAUUCGCACCUACUUUUCUUUAAGCAGAAAAAAAAAUUAUCGUGUAUUUUAUCCAUUUUAUUUUACUUUCAAUUAUCUCAUUUGAUAACAAGGAGUCAAUACCACAAAACCGUUUACCUCACGAAACUCAAAUCAUUUCAUAUUUAUAUUAAUUAUGAAUGAUAAUAUAUAUUGUUCAGACAAAUAGAUCAAGGCUAGAUCUAAGAUAUGUAAAAUCUGUGAUAUAUUAAAAUAAGACCAUUUGUUAGCUCAUUUUGUUACUGUUAAAGCUAUAAUAAAAUGAUGGAAUGUG